GCAGUGCAUUAACUCUACACUCCUAUGCUUAUACACACUUAAAUUAAGCUCUGGUUGGGACUAUGAAUAUAGCGGUGGAAGGAUGCUGCCAUGGAGAACUCGACAAAAUCUACGAGACGAUACUGGCCCAUGAACAGCAAACCGGCAUUAAAGUUGAUCUACUACUCUGUUGUGGCGAUUUCCAAGCCGUGAGAGACGAAUCGGAUUUAAAGGAGCUCAUCUGCCCACUCAAGUAUAAAGCGCAGAAGGACUUUAAGCAGUACUACAAUGGAAAAAAGGUCGCACCUGUCCUUACAAUCUUCAUUGGCGGGAACCACGAAGCUCCGGACCUCCUGAGGCACCUGUACUAUGGAGGAUGGGUCGCCCCUAACAUCUACUAUCUGGGCUACUCCGGAAUAGUAAACAUUGCAGGGCUCAGAAUUGCCGGAAUCUCGGGGAUCUACAACCAAAACAACUACACAAAGGGCUACUACGAGCAACGACCUUACAGCGAAGAUGCCAAGAGGUCAGCGUACAAUGUGAGGGAAUUCGACGUCGAGAAACUUUACAUGAUUGAGAAUGAGCUGGACAUUUUCAUGUCACACGAUUGGCCGGCUGGAAUUGAGCAUUACGGGAACCUCGAAGCUUUGUUGCGUGUGAAACCCUAUUUUGUCUCUGAUGUGCGCCACAAUAUUCUAGGAAACCCCAAGACCAGAAAGUUGUUGGAGAAGCUCCAGCCCACUUUUUGGUUCUCCGGGCACUUGCAUGUAAAAUAUGAAGCAAAAUACAAACAUGAAGACGGUUCAACCACUCAUUUCUUAGCACUGGAUAAAGUCUUGCCGAACCGUCAGUUUUUGAAGAUUAUGGAUGUUAAACCCAAACGACUCGCAGAGGGUGCAAAGAGGAAGAGAAACGGAGACUACACGCUGGAAAAGGUGUUGUGCUACGACAGAGAAUGGUGCGCAAUCCUAGUCGCAAAUAGGGACAGGAUGCCGCUAAAUGCGUUCCCCUCGACCACUCCGAUUACUCUAAAUAAACCAACUGAGGAGGACUUUAGAUUUGUCGACGAACAAUUUGCAAAGUUCGGGUUUGAAGCUCUGAGUAUAGGUACUUUAGAUAGGGUGUACAAGAUGCCCUCAUGGGAUGUGAAUGACUACAAGAAUCCAAAAUUGCAACGUGAGAAAUUCCAGGACAUGCUAAACUUACCUGAUAAUUCCUUUUUCAACCCCAACAUAAACACAAAAUACCGAGUUGUUCGUAGGGAAUAA